GGUGCUUAUUUCAGUGACGGACUGACUACGGGUGCCCCGCGGCUCUUGCGGAACUCCAUGCGCCAUUGGGAGGACCCGGCGGCUGCUCUGUGCCCUUGUUGCUGAGGGCCUCUUCCUGGGUCAUUGCUGGAGCAGGAGCCGGACUGGGGCCCACACGGGGCUCCCACGUGGCCGGCUCGGCGCUUGUGGGUCCUCUGAGCUGGCGGGAUGUGGCGAGUACGGCGGGCCGCCGUGGCCUGUGGGGUCUGCCAAUCCUUGGUGAAACACAACUCUGGAAUUAAAGGAACCUUACCAUUCCAAAAAUUACAUCUGGUUUCACGAAGUAUUUAUAAUUCACGUCAUCCCACCUUAAAGCUUCAAAGACCUCAAUUGAGGACAUCCUUUCAGCAGUUCUCUUCUCUAACUAACCUUCCUUUACGGAAAUUGAAACUUUCUCCAAUUAAAUAUGGCUACCAGCCCCACAGGAACUUUUGGCCAGCAAGGUUAGCAGCGAGGCUCUUAAAACUUCGAUAUAUCAUACUGGGGUCUGCUGUUGGAGGUGGAUAUACAGCCAAAAAAACUUUUGAUGAGUGGAAAGAUAUGAUACCAGACCUUAGUGACUAUAAGUGGAUUGUGCCUGACUUUGUGUGGGAAAUUGAUGAGUAUAUUGAUUUGGAGAAAAUCAGAAAAGCCCUUCCUAAUUCAGAAGACCUUGCAAAGUUAGCACCAGACCUUGACAAGAUUGUUGAGAGCCUCAGCUUGUUGAAGGACUUUUUUACCACAGGUCACAAAUUGGUUAGUGAAGUCAUAGAAGCUUCUGACCUACUUCUCUUGUUAGGUUCACCUGGAGAAACAGCAUUUAGAGCAACUGAUCAUGGAUCUGAAAGUGACAAGCAUUAUAAAAAGGGUCUGCUUGGUGAGCUCAUUCUCUUACAACAGCAAAUUCAAGAGCAUGAAGAGGAAGCACGCAGAACCGCUGGCCAGUAUAGCGCAAGCUAUGCCCAACAGAAGCGCAAGGUGUCCGACAAAGAAAAAAUUGACCAGCUUCAAGAAGAGCUUCUGCAUACUCAGUUAAAGUAUCAGAGAAUCUUGGAACGUUUAGAAAAAGAGAACAAAGAAUUGAGAAAAUUAGUAUUGCAGAAAGAUGACAAAGGCAUCCAUCAUAGAAAACUUAAGAAAUCUUUGAUUGAUAUGUAUUCUGAAGUUCUUGAUGUCCUCUCUGAUUAUGAUGCCAGUUAUAACACACAAGACCAUCUACCAAGGGUUGUUGUGGUUGGAGAUCAGAGUGCUGGAAAAACAAGUGUGUUGGAAAUGAUUGCUCAAGCACGAAUAUUCCCAAGAGGAUCAGGGGAGAUGAUGACACGUUCCCCAGUGAAGGUGACUCUCAGUGAAGGUCCUCACCAUGUGGCCUUGUUUAAAGAUAGCUCUCGGGAGUUUGAUCUUACCAAAGAGGAAGAUCUUGCAGCAUUAAGACAUGAAAUAGAACUCCGAAUGAGGAAAAACGUGAAAGAAGGCUGUACAGUGAGCCCUGAGACCAUAUCCUUAAACGUGAAAGGCCCUGGGCUACAGAGGAUGGUGCUUGUUGACUUACCUGGUGUGAUUAAUACUGUGACAGCAGGCAUGGCUCCUGACACAAAGGAAACUAUUUUCAGUAUCAGCAAAGCUUACAUGCAGAAUCCUAAUGCCAUCAUCCUCUGCAUUCAAGAUGGAUCUGUGGAUGCUGAACGCAGUAUUGUUACAGAUUUGGUCAGUCAAAUGGAUCCUCAUGGAAGAAGGACCAUAUUUGUUUUGACCAAAGUAGACCUGGCAGAGAAAAAUGUAGCCAGUCCAAGCAGGAUUCAACAGAUAAUUGAAGGAAAGCUCUUUCCAAUGAAAGCUCUGGGUUAUUUUGCUGUUGUAACAGGAAAAGGAAACAGCUCUGAAAGCAUUGAAGCAAUAAGAGAAUAUGAAGAAGAAUUUUUUCAGAAUUCCAAACUCCUAAAGACAAGUAUGCUGAAGGCACAUCAAGUAACUACAAGAAAUUUAAGCCUUGCUGUAUCUGACUGCUUUUGGAAAAUGGUUCGAGAGUCAGUUGAACAACAGGCUGAUAGCUUCAAAGCAACACGUUUUAACCUUGAAACGGAGUGGAAGAAUAACUACCCUCGCCUACGAGAACUUGACCGGAAUGAACUAUUCGAAAAAGCUAAAAAUGAGAUCCUCGAUGAAGUUAUCAGUCUGAGCCAGGUCACACCAAAACACUGGGAGGAAAUCCUUCAACAAUCUUUGUGGGAAAGAGUAUCAACUCACGUGAUUGAAAACAUCUACCUUCCAGCUGCACAAACCAUGAAUUCGGGAACAUUUAAUACUACAGUGGAUAUCAAGCUUAAACAGUGGACUGACAAACAGCUUCCUAAUAAAGCAGUAGAGGUUGCGUGGGAGACACUACAAGAAGAAUUUUCCCGCUUCAUGACCGAACCCAAAGGAAAGGAGCAUGAUGACAUAUUUGACAAACUUAAAGAGGCUGUUAAGGAAGAAAGUAUCAAGCGCCACAAGUGGAAUGACUUUGCAGAAGAUAGCUUGAGGGUUAUUCAGCACAAUGCUUUGGAAGACCGAUCCAUAUCUGAUAAGCAGCAGUGGGAUGCAGCUAUUUAUUUUAUGGAAGAGGCACUUCAGGCUCGUCUCAAAGAUACCGAAAAUGCUAUUGAAAACAUGAUAGGGCCAGACUGGAAAAAGAGAUGGUUGUACUGGAAAAAUCGGACUCAAGAACAGGGUGUUCACAAUGAAACCAAGAAUGAGCUGGAGAAGAUGCUGAAAUGUAGUGAGGAGCACCCAGCGUACCUUGCAAGUGAUGAGAUUACCACAGUCCGGAAGAACCUGGAAUCUCGAGGAGUCGAAGUAGAUCCAAGCUUGAUUAAGGAUACUUGGCAUCAAGUCUAUAGAAGACAUUUCUUAAAAACAGCUCUAAACCAUUGUAACCUUUGUCGAAGAGGAUUUUAUUACUACCAGAGGCAUUUUGUAGAUUCUGAGCUGGAAUGCAAUGAUGUAGUCUUGUUUUGGCGCAUACAGCGCAUGCUUGCCAUCACUGCCAACACUUUAAGGCAGCAACUUACAAACACUGAAGUUAGGCGAUUAGAGAAAAACGUUAAAGAGGUAUUAGAAGAUUUCGCUGAAGAUGGUGAGAAGAAGAUGAAAUUGCUCACUGGGAAACGCGUUCAGCUGGCUGAAGACCUCAAGAAAGUUAGAGAAAUUCAAGAAAAGCUUGAUGCUUUCAUUGAAGCUCUUCAUCAGGAGAAGUAAACUGUAUUAAACUCGUGCUCAUAAUCACCUCUGCACACUUCUGAAGGGAGAAAACUUGUGUUUUGUCCUGCCUCUUUGUCUUCUGUUCUACUUCGCUCAAAGCAAAAUAAAUUCAUAGGGUAAAAAUAAUGUAUGUGUGUUCCAGGCACUUCAGGCCGCAGCUGCCUCUGACCAGAAGAGCAAUGAGAGCGGCCGUCACAUGCUAUCUGCUGGUCUGAGUGACAAACUGGGAAAGUAUAACUGGCAUGGCCGUUAGGGUUAGUCCUCAAAGAUAAGAAAGUUGUUCUUUGGUCAUCUUACUUGUGAUGGCGCUAAUGCAAUUCAUUAUGGAGGUUACUCGUGAUCAGUUUCUUUUCCAGAAAUAUAAUAGUAGUUGUUUUGGAAUAAAACUUAAAACAGUUUCUUAAAUGGUAUCAAUUGUAUAUAAGGUGUUAGCAGCCUGCUAAGUCACCGUCUGUGACUGCGUGUUCUAUAUCCAGGAACUGUUUGUGAGAAUUCAGUUUAUAUUCACCACAUGAAAGACAGCUGAUUCAUAGAGGAACCCCUCAGAUAAGUUAAUUUGCAUCAGGAUAAUUCAGUGAAAGAAAAGUCAACCCUUCAUUGCCAGCUCAGAAGCUGGCUUUAACCUUUGAUUGCUAUUUUUUCACUCUCUGAAUCCAUUUGAAAUUAAUUCAUUUUGAAUUUUUUUAUACUUUAGGUUAGGCUUUCUGUUAAUGGUGUGGGACUUUUCCGCUUGACAAAGCUAUUGAAUUAUGACACAAGGUGGAGAGGAUUAAAGUUAAUCAGUUGACAAUUUCAUUUAGAAUACUGUCAGACAUUUGAAGUGGGCAUCAGGAAAAGGUUUUCUUUUGUACAAUACUUUUUUGGGGGGUGGGGGGUGCUGGAAUUGAAACCAAGCCCUCACACAAUGGGCAGGUGCUCCACCCAGGCCUCAGACACUAUUUUAAAUAGAAAUUAUUCCAACAAGUAGAAUAAUGUUGACCAUCCCCCUCGUAGAUGAAAAUUGAAAGAAAAUGUGAAGUUUAACUCACUGCAGUUCAAUUACAAUAAUAGCCUCACAAUAGUUUCAUGUAUUUUAUAUAAAAUUCUUGUAGUGGCUAAAGAACUUUAGGGCAAACAGAUAUACAAAUUUUUUUUUACUUAAAAUGUCAUUCUCAUUUGCUACCUUUUUAAAUUAAGGCUUUAUUGGGCUAGUAAAAAUGUCCACUGUGUGGCGGUUUUUAUUUUACAGUUAAUUUUAUACAGUGUUUAUCCUGAUCAUUAUUAUUCCCUCAAGAUGUAACAGUAUAGAAGGUUGGAGGGUGUCACAAAAUAUUUCAGAAGCGGAAGUCAGUAAAUAUUUGAUUCAAACUGUCUGAUAAGAAAAGUAGGUACAGUUCUCAGUAGCUGGGAACAGUGUCCAUUGCUCUGUGCUGAAGGAUAGUCUUUUGCAUUUCUUUUAGAUGUAGGGGCAGUAGUAGACAGAAACAAAGUAGAGCUCCAUGCUAUUCCACACAAAGAUUAGCAGAUAGCCUAACCCUAACUGGCAGAGGGAGACAUCUCACAUGGUAAUGAAUGUUUCUACAGUUGUAAAACAUCACCAUAGCCAUACUAGAUGUCUAUUUCUGAGGGAAAAAAGAAAUUGGACCACAUUUGUUUCCUUGAACUGUGGAUUGAAAAAAUAUGCCCUCAGCUAUAUUUCUGCAUACUCUCCCAACCAAAAGGUUGAUGGUAGACAGUAAUUUUAUCACAUCGCUUUGUAUAAUUUUAAGUUGGAGAGCACUUUCAUUUUUUGAGGGGUUCAGUAUUGUAACAAAUUUAAAGUAGAUGGUAAAAAUGUAUUACAAGAAAUACGUUUUAUUCUCAUCUUCGUGGAUUUUUUUUAACCUGGUUUCAUACUAAGCAUGCUUUUUUUCCCUCUGUCUCCUUGAAAGCCAGGUAUUUAUUAAAUACAGAUGUUAUAAGAAACAAAAAUUCAGUCCCAACAGUAAACCCUCUGUUUUGUGCCUCUAGUUCCAGAACUAGAAAAGACCCAAAUUUAAAUUUAAAAAUAACUUAAGAUAAUUAAUAUACAAAAGUUAAAGUCUAACUGGACAAGGAAUCAUCUGUUUUUCAUGUCAAAUUUGCAAAGAAUGCAAUGAAUGAAUUUGUGUUUGGAUAACUAACUAAUUUUAAACAGAUGUAUGCAAAAUUAAUUGGUCAGCAUGUCAAUUAUAAAAAUCAGUCAUUGUACAAAAUUCACCAUAGGAAGCAAGCUCUGGGCACUUUCAGCUUUACAGUGGAGUCAGCUGAGCUGUAGUUCGAGGUGGAGAAAUCACCCUUUCUGGUACUCUAUUUUCUCUCCUCUUGGUACUAUCCCCAGUUUCCAGGCCUCUUUCCAGUGGACGUCCACAAAUUAUUUAGUGACCAAAUGCAAGUGAGUGGUGAAAGUGCUUGGGGGGGUACUGCAGAGUGGGACUUCCUACCCUACACUUUGGAAGGGUCACGUGUAGGAAUCUGGUAGCACACACCUGUAAUCCCAGCCCUUGGAAGGCAGAGACUAGAGGAUCAUGAGUUUAAGGCCACCUCGGGCUACAUAGGGAGGCCCUGUUUCAAAAGCAAAAUUAAUAAAAUUGAGAGUGUAAGUUUAAAAGACAAAUUUCCUAACUAGUUAAUUUUGUAUUUAUUUAUUUUAGAUGUAUUUAUCUGAGAAAAGAAACAUGGAGGGUUUUUUCUUUUUAAUAAUGAGGUUAUAAUAAUGGCUUAAAUCCAUUCUCUAAGCUAGUAUGUGUUACACUUUCAUAUAUUUGAGCAACAUGAAAAUGUACUUGAAAAUAUGCUUACCUUCUAAAUGAUCAUGGCUCUGUGAUGUUUAAUAUUUAAAACUUACUUUGUCUUUCCUCUGCACUGUGAAUGAACUUUGUAUUAUUUUUUUAAACCUUACACUAAAUGUAAAUGUUAUAACAUAUUUUGCCUGUGCUUGAUUUGAGGUCCUUUGUGUAGAUGAGUAAUUAAAAGAUACUUAAGUGACAUUAUAA